AGACAGUGAUGCAACACCGACGAGACGUCAAAGCUGUAUCGCGGCAACAACGACAAUGAGACAUCAACGUUAAGACAUAAGUUGUGCAGGGCAACAAAGACAAUGGUUCAAAACCGUUAAGACAUAAAAGUUGUGUCAGUCAGAACGGAUAAUGAGGCAACAACGAUGUGCAAUGAUAGUUGUGUCGGGCCUCAACGAUAAUGGGUUUUUAUCAGAAGAGAAGAAAAGAAUGAUAGCAGAAGACAAGAUGGGUCAGGGUAUUAAAAGAAAACUUGAAGAUUUUGAAAAUGACAGAUGUCCAAGAAAUCAGAGACAAUCAAUUCUCGACAUUUCUGUAGGAAAGUUACAUGUGAAGACUAUUAAAAAAGUUGAACCACCGCUUCUGAGAUCUGUCUUGAUUCUAAAUACUUUGAAACAUAUUGAAUCAGAACUGCUUAAAGAGGGAGUGCAAUCACCUACAAACACAUCAGCAUUUACCAUUCCUGAAGUUGAUCCGAACUCAACAGUGAUAGACUUUUUACCUGAGCAGAACACUUCCUCCAAAGUUGAAGUGGUUUCUGAACAGUCAGGACCACUACCAUCAAUAGACACAUUUGUUGGCAGUCGUGCUAUGAUCAUAGACUCAAAAGAAGAAUUACCUGGUGAAAAAUUAUCUGUAUCAAAUAUGGGAGAAGCAUCUCCCACUAACUUGUAUCAUUCUCCGUCAUUCCGAAUGGAAGAAGUUUUCAGUGACUUUGACUUCCCUAUGUGUGAUUAUGACAUGUUUCCUGCAGUUUCAAAUGGUGCAAAUUUGACACCACUAAGUGCAGAAGAAGUGCUUCAUUCCUUUCCAAAUGCUGGCUCAAAUUUCAUCGGUGAAUCUUUUACAACUUUAUCAAAUGCAAGUUUAACACCAUUCUGUAAAGGGGAAACUGCGUUUGAUGAUCUGGAGAACAUUAUGCAGAUUCUUGUCGGAUCCUGACAAGAAGAGUUUUGCAAAUGCUGCUAAAAUGAAACUUCUCAAUAUAGGAAAUACUACAUAUGAAAUAAAAAACAAAAGCUGGGAAAAUUUAUUUGAAGAUUUAUGGACUUCAACUGACAGCAAUAUAUAUUCUAUGUUGAAUAACAUGUAUUAUAUUUAAGUUUUAAAUUUGAGGAAAUGAUAACAACUGUUAUCGAAAGUGGAAUGCUGUUUUACUGUUGGAUAGGUUCAAAUAUUGUGUUGUAUUAUUUAUUAUCUAACUGAAAACAUUGGGACUGAAGGAAAUUUCACUUAGUUUCAUCAUUGUUUGAAAUAUGUUCAUUUAUUUAUCUUCAUGGUAUUCAUAAAGCUGUGCAUAUUUGAUGGUUCAAGUGACCUUUAGUCCAAAGUGGCGUGCCUAGUCUGGUUGCGUGCAAUCUAAAAGUAGUUCAAAAAAGUUGUGGUGCCUUUUUGUUAAGAACGUUCAUUCUAGGCAUGAUUUUAACUGUUUCUGACUGGAAAAAAACUGGAGGCAGUUAAAUGGUAUUUAGAAUAUUUCAAAUGGAACCUUAUAAGCUCAUUACAAAACCUGUAUAAAGAUUUUGGAGUAAUAGAAUCUAAAAGAUGAUUCAAUGAAAAACAUUUAGUUUAAUGUUUGGUAGUAAAAAAUGAUGUAGAGUUAAGAAAAUUUUGAAAUAUAUAGACAAAUCCUUUUACACCUAGCUAGAAACCUUAAAUCAUGUGGUACAUGUGAAGGGCUUCCUCUGGGUUUUCAAAACUCCUUGCCAAAAUAAUAACUGUUUAGACAGAUGCCACCAAGAUAGGGUUGGAAAAAAAGUUGCCAGUUUUAAAAUUGUUUUGCCAUUAUCCUUUAUAUUUUUAAUCUGUCUCAUAUGGCAAAUCAAGGGCCUUAAAAAUGGAAUUCAACAUUACAUUGAUGUCAUCAUGAUUUUCAUUUAUAAAGAUAGUAUCAUACUAUGAGAAGAUGUGCAUUGUAGACAUUUGUGUUGUGAUGAUAGUUAAGUUGCAAUCAGAUUUUAUAUAUUUUUAUGCUUUUUGCCAAAAAGUAUACAUAUAUAUAAUAUAUAUAUAGCAAACUUAGAAUUGGUCUGAUGGAACAGUGCAAUGGUAUGUUAUGAUAUAUUAUGUUAAACCUUGUUUUUAAUCUUGUUCCGGAAACAAAGUUGUUAACUGUUGUGUAUUUAUUUAUUGAUCAAGAUUUUAGCAAGUUGUAAGAUAUAGCUAGUGUAAUGUACAGAAAUUAUAUGCACCCUAGUGGCUUACUUUAACUUCUUUGAAAUUACAGUGGGGACAUCAUUUGUUCUGGAAUACAGCAAAGUUGUGGUUUGUUUAAAGCUGAGCUAUGUGAAAUAGGCAAAUGGCAUCAAAGCUUCUACUUUCUUUACAGACAAGAAUUGCCUUUUACAAAUAUUUAUCACAUAUGAUUAGUUAGAAUAACAAUCCUAUUGCUUGAGUAAAAGAAAAUCACUUGUUAAGUAAUUUAAAGUUUGCUUAGGUAUUUUGUGUUUUGCCUAGUAGCGUUUUUGGAGCACUGUAUAAAAAUAAUUUUUUUUUGUUCAUAAAUAGUUUUGUAAUAACCAAUAAAUUUUGUCUAAGUUGUUUGAAAUUUGGGCUUUGAACAGAUGUUUUUUUUUUUGCAAAAAGAUUGCCGUUUGCCAAAUUUAUUUCUAUAAAUUUCACAUUGUUUAGAUAAUACUGCAUUUUACUUUUUUUGUGAAAACUUAAGUUUGAAAAGAACAUACUCUUCAUAAAAAUCUAUGUAACACUUUAUGUCAAAAGCUUCAUGAAAGACUGAAUUCAUACAAACUUUAAAAACAUUGUGUUAAACAUUGAUUAUUUUUCUUCAGUAUACUGAAUUGAGCAGCAAUUUUUGUUCCAAAUAAACAUAAGAUGCCAUGUGAAAAUUGGCAAACUUCUCAGAAAAGCUGUUUUAUUCAUGACAAAAGGAUCAUAAUUGAACUUCUUUUAAUUACCUGUAUUUAACCACUUAAAGACUUUACUUAAACAACGAAGAUAAGUUGCAACAGCUAGUAUAGUUUCCCUUUUUAAAGCUGUAGGCUUUAACACUUUACCUCUUUCUGUUGUCAAAGAUGUUGCAUAAAAUAGAUGUAUAUUACCACUUGGACUGUGAUAUCAGAUGAUUUUAUUGUUUUAGAAUCAAAUGGUAUAAAGAAGUUUGUGUAUGUACAUGUACUAGUUAUACAAAAAAAGUUUUAUCAGUGAAACUUGCAGUAUUCGUAAAGUAUUGUUCAACAGAAGUUAGUUCUGUUUUGAUACAAAUUUAGUAUGCAUACUAUAUUGUAUAGGUACAGCGGUAAGGCUUGUUCUAUUGACAAGUUUGAUAUUUUACAGUGGAAGAGGUGUAGUAACUAAGGCAAAGAGGAGUGGUUGACAAGAGGUCAACUCAGGUGUAAUACUUACAUUCAUGAGCAUUAUUUGUGCUAUAGAUGAGAAACAUUGUGCUAUAGAGGCUCCUUUUAUUAGACACAAGUACAAGAGCAACGCAUUGAGUCGUCGACUCGAAAAUGUCCGAAACAUGACUUUCAUGCAGUAUGUUGAAAGUUUUGAUGUAGUCUUAUUUUCUUGCCAGGGAAUGCACUUUUUGUUUUGUACACCUUUAGAGACGUGUAGUUUUUUUACAGAAUGCGUUGUUCUUACAGGAAACGUGUAUUUGUUGCUAGAAGCAAUGUAGUUCUUAUCAGAGGGUUAGAACAAUUAUUAAGUUUUAACCCUUACCACGCUAAAUUUCUAUAAUGGACUGGUCCACUUUCCAGUAUGGGCAGUACCAUUUAUCAUUUGAAGGGGUGUUUACUGAAAAUUUGCACGGAUGUGCAGGCUGAUCUUGGUCUGCACUGGUAGCAAAGGCAGAAUCACUUGCCGCCAGCAGGCUAAGGGUUAAGUAUGUAGGGAGUAUUUUAGCUGGUAUACUUAUACUAUGUUACAGACCAAAAGAUUGAUAUUUCUGAAUCUUGUGAUUUCAUGUAGAUUUUCAUUAUGUUGAAGUGGACAUCACUUAUACUAGCGUUGUAGUGGGCGUCACUUCUACUGGCAUUGUAGUUGUGCUAACUGCCACCUGCGUAUUGGGGUUCUUUUUAUAUUUUUGUACUGUUGAUCAGAGUAUUUAUUUGUAUAUAAUCAUCAUUCAGAUCUUGUCAAAAAUCAUAUUCACAUGGGGAGAUGCUUUUAUUUUACACAAAAUCCGGAAGCAGGAACAAGAAUAUUCAGAGUUUCUAGUCAUGAGGCGAAUGGUUAGGUUGCUGUCAAAUUGCAGUAUAUUUUCGUUUGGAUUUUCAGUAUACUGAUAAAACAAAUAUAUUGGCAUUUUUGAAUUAUUUUGAUUAAUGGCUGUGACAUUGAAACAUUCUUUAUAUAAAACCGGUGAUUUGUCAAAAGUGAUACCAAAAGAAGCAUAUUUUAUAAGGAAAAUGAUUGCAGCUCUUUUUCUUUUAGAUUAAUUCGAUUAUUUAUUGAUUUUGCAGAAGUAUCGCCUUGUAUAGUAGACGCAACUUGACCCCGAUGGUUGACCUUUGUAUUAUAAUACAUAAUGAGGCACACCCUAUUAUUGAAAAUGAAUAUAGAUUUACUGCAGUGGUGUAAAAAGUUUUAACUGAUCAAAUCUAAGUAUAUAUACUUUGAAACUGCAUUGUAUACAAAUUAAUUCCAUAUACGGCUUCCCUAAGCACCCCUUAUUUGCUACAGUGAAAUAAUCUAUAUGAAUAAUCAGCCUAAGGUCAACCAUCGCGGUCAAGUUGCGACUACUAUAAAAGGUUGUGAAAAGUCUUGGCAAAUUCUAGAAGGUUCUUGUUUUUGUGCAGAAGAUUUUAUGGUCUUUAGAUAUGUGUAAAAUUAGCAUCCCUUCAUCAUAGUAAGUUAUUUUCAUUUUCUGUCGUUCAUAUCAGUUUAUGUGAAAAUUAUAAAUUUUAUUAGUUUUCAUAAUCAUGAUUUUGUACGGUGAAUCAAAUUGUAUUAUUUUGUUCAGAAAAUAUAUUUUGUUUCGGUGCUCAAGCUGGGUGUCAGUCGUCUUUAGUAUAAGAAGUAAAGAGGCGCUCCGAAUAUGAUGAGUAGUAUGUUUUCUACGCAACUUGUAAAUAAUCAUUUGUACUAUUUAUUAAACUCAUGAAUAAAUUGUCUCAUUGUUUCUCAUCGGUGUAAAUAUAUAUUUUUGUUACCAAAAAAUCAAAUUAUUUAUAAGAGGACAGUAAUAUUCAUUCAAAAAUAGUCAUUUAGUUUAUCGUUCAAUUUACAUAAUUAAUGAUGAUGAUCAGUGUUAAAAUAUGUACAUGAUUUUGAUUGUGUUGCUGCAUUGAUAAUUGUCGAAAAUUAGCAUGUUGGCUAUAGUCUACAAAGAUUGUAGAUUCGUUUGCAUAGAAAUUACAAAUAUUGAUUGUAAUAAGAUUUAGUUGGUAGUAAUAAGAAGUGGAGAGUUGAAAACAUUCGGGCUAUUAUUAAAGCUGUAGAAUUUUUAAGGUUACGGAAAUAAAGACAUUGCUGUGAAUAAUAAGUCUGAACUGCUUGGGGAAAAACUGCAAUAUAUAGAAUUUGUUUGUCUGCUCCAACAUCUACAGAUAAUGCUAUAUUGGCAAAACUGAUGCAUAUACACAAGUCAGCCAUUUAUUGCAUGCAAAGUUUUUGGUAGUAUUCAAGUCAGAAUAUUGUAUCCAAUAAUAGUGUGGUUAGAACGGGUACUAGUAAUGAUAGUAGAAAAAUAUGCAUGAAAUUGAUAAUCUGGUUAAAUGAUUUUCAUUUUGUGGUCAUAUUUUUAAGUGGAAGAAGUUGGCAUUUUUCAGAAAUUGGCAUUUCUUUUUCUUGUUAGUCCUUAACCCUGAUAUUGAUCAGGGGCAGCAUAGAGGAAUACUAUAACUAAAUUGCUAUUUUGUGUUCUGGUUUGUAGUUGAACGAACAAAAUACGACUACUGAAUUUUGAAAACUUAUGCUUUAAUUUUCAAAAAAAAAAUUUAUGGAUAAACGGGCAGUGAUGGAAAGGUGUUCAAUUUCUUGGGUUUGUUGUAUAAUGGGUGAUUAGGUUGUAUUAUUGUGUCAUGUGAUGAAGUUAGCCAAAAGUAGUUCCUGCUGAAGUUAACCACCAUUCACUUUAUUGUGAGCAAUAUUGUUUAUUUAUUAUUUUUGUUUGUACAAAGAUGCCACAUUUUUGUGUAAAUAGUUUUUAUCAGAUGCGUAAUUUAUUUAUUGUUUUACCUUGUUUUUUUUUUGUCCAACAAGCUUGUUACAUUGAAAGUGAUACAAAACUUGAUUCAUUACUGCUGUUCUGAUUUUUAUCAGUUAAAAAGUUAGUAGAUGUCAUAAACAUUUAAUGAACCUAAGUUAAGGCCAUUAUGUUACUUCAGAUAUAAAUAUGGUCAAAAUAACUCCUUAAGUCUUACCGUCUGAAAGUUUAGAUGUAUUUAGUUUUUUCCUGUAAAAGUGUGUUAAAACCCUGGUUCAUUUUAUCAUUAUUCAUUUAUUUAGAUGAAGCUAGGAUCUUCUGUAGACCUUAAAGGAACACCACUGUAAAUAUUAUUUGUGUUAGUAGUAAAACAUAUCUGCAACAGGCAGGGAAUGUUGAUAUAUCUGCUCCUGUUACACUCAUCUAUACAGGUGUGUUCAUUAUCCAAAUUGAAGUGUAAUUGUAAAGGUCUGGGUUAAUAUAAACCAUCUUGGUACAUGUACAAAAAAGUACUAAGAUCAGAACUCAAGAUUUUUAAAAUGAAAUAUAUUUUGACAAAUGAGCCAUGCCAUGAGAAAACCAACAUAGUGGUUUUGCGACCAGCAUGGAUCCAGACCAGCCUGCACAUCCGCGCAGUCUGGUCAGGAUCCAUGCUGUUCGCUAACAGUUUCUCUAAUUGCAAUAGGCUGCGAAAGCGAACAGCAUGGAUCCUGACCAGUCUGCGUGGAUGUGCAGGCUGGUCUGGAUCCAUGCUGGUAGUUGGUUUAUGAAAAUGUAUAAUAAGGCUUUAUAAAUAUUGUCCUCAUUGUUCAAAUUUUGAGAAAAUAAGGCAUAAAGAUUUGACAUUUGUACCCAUUCAAGCAAGAAAGUAACAGAUAAAAUAAUUAAAGCUUGUCAGCAGGGAUGGCUUAGGCUGUCAUAAGAGAUGGCUUUUGUCUGUUAUCACAGGUAGCUUCAGGCUUUAAACAUGGAAGCUUUAGCAUUUCAAGAGGGGUGGUGUAGGCUGUCGUCAGGGAUGGUUUAAGUCUGUCAACAAGGGUGGAUUUAGCCUUUCAACAGGGGUGGCUUUAGGCUGUGGUCAAGGGUGGCUUCAGUCUGUCAUUGUUUGCUUAACACUGUUAUCAGUGGUUGCUUUCUUAAGGUUCUAAUUAAUCUAAAGUCUUAAGCCAUGGAUAAUCUUAUGUUAUCAGCUGAAAUGCAUACUUUUAACAUUUUUCUACCUAUUUAGUUUUAAUUACAAAUGAGCCACACUUCAUAUUAAACACAAGUAUUCUCUAGUAAUAAUAGAAAUAGGAAAAAAUCGGUGUUUUUUUUUUUAAAAAUGUUUAUCAUUGAUUUAUCAUCAAGAAGUUCGUGAAGGGAUCUCUAUUUUUAUACUUUCAUAAACACACACAAGUAUUCAUCGUGGUAAGGAUGCAUGUAUUGAAUAUAUUCAUUGAAAUUUUAUACUUAAAAUCAAAUAUUAUGCAACUUGUUGAGACAAUGAACUGUAUUUUUUACCAAAUUCUAAAUAAUGUUAGCGAUUUUUGAACUAUUUGUACAGUAUUGUAGUUUUUAGAGUCAUUGUAUGUCGUUGUUAAUAUGUUCUCAUUACCAUUAUUUAUUAUCAAUAAUAAAUAUGUAUAAAUAUA